AGUUGAUCACAUGCAAACAUGACAAAGUGAAAGUAAAAGACUUGGAGCAGGAGGGGCUGGCUGGGUGUUUUGGCAGCAGCAGCUCACAGGAAGAGAUUAGCACCCAAUCACAUGAAGCCUGAGCUAUAGCCAAUACACACUGGUGUUACCUCUGCCUGCAAAGCACUGUGAGUGAGCUCACACACUGAGAGUCAGAUUUAGACAAGCAUGGCGUUCCCCAAAAAGAGGAGACAUGACAGGAGUGAGCAAGACAGUGAGUACUUCCAGUGUUACUCAGAUAUCACAGUGCAUGAAGAAAUGCUCUCAGACACUGUACGCACAUAUGCCUACAAAGUGGCUAUUUCUCGCAACCAAAGUGCCCUUCUUGAUAAAACUGUACUGGAUGUGGGUGCUGGUACUGGCAUCCUCAGUGUUUUCUGCGCACAGGCGGGUGCUAGCAAAGUGUAUGCAGUGGAAGCUAGUGCAGUGUCCCAGCUGGCCUGUGAUGUGGUGAAAGAGAAUGGGAUGGAGGGCAAAAUAGAAGUGAUUACUAGUGCAGUGGAAAAUGUUGAGAUACCCGGUAAAGUGGACGCUAUUGUUAGCGAAUGGAUGGGAUAUGGUCUUAUGUACGAAUCAAUGCUAAGCUCUGUCCUGUACGCCCGGGAUAGGUGGCUGAAACCUGGAGGCCUCAUAUUUCCAUCAACUGCUGAUAUCUUCAUAGCCCCCGUUAAUGAUACAGUGGUGGAGAGCCGACUGGACUUUUGGAGUGAUGUGAAAGACAUGUAUGGAGUUGAUAUGACCUGUGUGCAAUCUUUUGCACGGAAGUGCAUUAUGAGCCAGGAUUUGGCAGUGUGCUCUGUGUACCCGGAGAAUGUGCUCUCUCACCCUGUCAGAUUUGCCUCUCUAAAUCUUACCAGUGCCACACAGGAGGACAUCGGUAACAUCACUGGUUCUUUCCAGUUCCACUGCUUUGGGUCCUCGUUGAUGCAUGGAUUUGUCAUCUGGUUUUCUGUCACAUUCCCAGGAGAAAAUGGUGUCAGUCUAACUACCUCUCCUUACGGUGAAGAAACACAUUGGAAGCAAACUGUACUUUACCUGGAUGAAGAAGUGCAAGUUCAACAAGAUACAGAGAUUAAUGGGGAGAUCAAAAUGUCACCUUCAGAGAAGAACCCCAGACAUUUAUGUGUAACCCUCAGCUACUCUAUUGGCAGUGAUGUGCGCCGAACCAGGAAUUUUCAGAUGGGAAAUGGCGCAGUUUAAAGAUAACAAUGUCUGUGUUUCCCCAAAAAGUUGUUUAACUGAAGCACAUUAAAGUUGAUAUUUGUUCACAAACCCAUAGAGCUGUGCGCAAAAAUCUGCGAGAUCAGGUCCAGAAAAGGGUAGGAUGAAGUUUUGUUGCCUGUUUUUUUUUCCACACUGUUGAAAUGGCAACUUGCUCCACUCACAGCUAAUUGAAUAGACCCCAACUUGUGAAACAUUUUUUUUCAGUGUGGAUGCCUUAAAAUUCAACAAAUAUAAAGAUAGACAUGGAUCUGAGCAUCCAAAUUUGCCAUCUAUUCCGACUUUCCAGCAGUUUUUACUUCAAUCUGACCAGUAUCAGUUUUUAUGUUUUUUGGACAAACUUUUUCAAAAAUAAAUAAAUAAACUGUUGUGGAAGUGAAUUAAAAUGUGCUGUUUGACUCCAA